AUGGGGAAGUUCUUCGAGAGCUGGGCUCUCUGGCAGAAGCUGACAUUCGUUCUCGGCUGCGCGAUUAUUGUUACUAUACUUCUGGGCUGUGCGAAACUCUUCUACACUCAUCGCAAGCUGCGCAAACAUUCCACCAUCGCUGAGCAGGAGAAAACAAUGUUGGCGACACUUCAGCGCCAUAUAACCCAGCGGAGACGGCGGGCGAAUAGCCGGGAAAACGACGUCCCUUUUGGAAUACGAGCGAUUGAAAGUGGGAUCGAAGUCGAAGGCGUGUGGAUCUCGAGAAACAAUUCCGAAGCCAGUCUACCAAUCCACAGUCGAGACACUUCUGGAUCAUCUUCGAGUUGGGAUCAUGUCCCCAGGAAGGACUUCAAUACCGACGUAGAGAAGCAGGCUACGAACGCCAACCCGCAUCGAAACAGCACGACUUCGAACUCCAGCACUGGCAUUGCCGCAAAUCCGAGAUAUUACUCCGCCAGGAACUCUUCCUCAGACCGCCUCCCAAGCAGUCGCAACAGUCGAGACGAAUCUCCCGACAUGAACACCACCACCCGGCAGUCCAAAAGCCGGCAUCCACCCCUGUCCUACUCCCGCUACAGCGGCAACCCAGCUCUCAUCCGCAGUGGCUCAGCAGCGAGCACGCUCUCCGCCCUCGAAGCCAUCCACCACGCCUCCGGUCCGAUCGACCCAUCAAUCGCAGACGACAGCUUUGGAAGUAGUUCCAGCAAUGGACCCAGCGACUCGGCUCCCAUCUCCGCCUCUGCUCCAGGCCUUCUCACCCAUCAAGCCCAAGCUGAAGCACGCCCUCGCAAACCCUCCACAGACCUCGACCUAAUGCAUACCCACCGCAUGUCCCAAGCCGCCGAAACAGGCCAACUCACACCCCGCGUGCGCAAACCCAGCCACGCCGGAUCCGAGUGGAACGGCGGCGACAACAAUAGCGCAGCCAGCACCCCUCGGUCCACUACUUUCCCCGACCUGACCGAUUACUUCGCCGUCCCAUCUCGCCGCCGCUCGCCUUCACCUGCGUCGUCUCCCUCUGCUGGCAAGUCCUCCUCCGAGCCGACAACGCUACCUCCGAUCGUCAGACAAUCUUCCCUUCCCGACGUAACGCCCUUUACGAAAUUCUGCCAAACGGGUCCAGGCUCACAAUCUCAUUCUCGGUCUUCAUCGACUUCCACCUCUACCUCUUCCCGCUCACCGUCGAAAGACGUCUUGCACCCUCGUACCCUUUCCGCGCCGACAACGACGAUCCAACCAACGAUCACACCCACCACCGCGAUCCCCUCAACAGCAUCAGCAGAACUGUCCAACGCUCCCGUGACGACAACUACUGCUGCACCCUCGAAUCCAUCCAGCCGCCCUUCCUCCUUCGAACCCCGCCCCCAAUCAGCAGCCAUCGUCCGCGGCCACGGCACAGGUUUUGAGAUCUUACGGCCUGGAACUCUCCCCAAAGCGCAGAAUCCGCCGCGAUUCCUUACUCUCAACGCUUGCGCUGCACGCUUUUUUGCGCGCGCUCCCCAAAGGCAUACACGAAAAGGCUCAAAAGGAAAACGGUCGGUGUCCAACGCUCUAGAAGUUUGGGCCGCAAUUCCCGCAGGAAGAGCCGCGGACAAGACACCGCCAAUGAGAGUCCAAAAGUCGAAGUGGAAGAGGGUGAAGGUCGUUUUUUUUCCUCCCGUUCCGGACGGGUGGAUGGGGUAUAUCCUGGAAUUCUGA